CCAAUUGGGUUCUAUACUCUUACCAGAAAAAAAAAAAAUUGGGUUCUAUAUGGAAUCGGAAUCGGAAUCGGAAUCGGAAUUGGAAAGUCUAAACAAAAUGCAAAACAAGGAACCUGGUACACAGAAAAUGGCUCACGAACUCUUGAGGUGAGGGGUAGGGCCCAGGCAUGCAGGCAGGUCAGCAGCCCUUAUAAAAAGGUCGAGGGGUACCAAAUACUAAUCAUGCACAUUCCAACCUUGGACAAUGGCAAGUCCGUAAUUCUAAGUGUACAAUGCGGUAGCUGUUGGACCCAGCAAAUAUAGCCGUUGAGAGGAGAUGCUCCGAGAACAAGACCUUAUUAAGAGUUAUUUCCUCCUCACCUUCCCUCAUUCACGCACCCCACCCAUCCUUAAUGAAGGUCGAUACAAAUACAAAUACAAAUUAGUAGUGAGAACUAGCCGUUAGUCUCAUCUCAGUUUGCGCCUUUGAAUUCAUCCAUCUGACUUUGUCGCCGAUUUUCUCUCUCCAAUAAACAACUCUCUCUCUCUCUCUCUCUCUCUCUCUCUCUCUCUCUCUCUCUCUCUCUCUCUGAGACCUUCACAAGCAGCUCCAUCAUUAGGGAGUCUCCCUCACUCCUGUUUCCUUCACUGCAUCUACAAUCCCUGUAUCCCUCGCUCUGUCUACAAAACGAAUCCCGUCUCAAUCAGAUUCGCGCUCUGUUUCAUCUUCUCCAGUGGAUUCUUCUUCCUCGUUAUCUAGAGCAAGUAGCUAGAACAGAAGCAGAGAAGAAGAGUUGAAGAGCAAAACUAUUCUCUCUUCACUUCAUUGUUCUACAUUUGUUUUUAGUGUUCUAGUUAAAGUGCCAUGAGUAAUCAAAAUUGGAUCUUCAGUGGAUUUAAUCGAUACCCACUGGAGCUUCCGCGGUUCCUGAAGAAAACAACAGUUGCUCAUUGUCGAAUUGCUAGUAAGAAGGAGAAGUGGAAGAAUAGUCGGUCAUCAGGCAACCACCCACUUCAGCAUUUUGGGCUCCCGAAAAACUUCUUCCUCUGUAAGCGCCUGCUCUUGCUUCUUCAACUGCUCACGUUAGUCUUCCAAUCUGUCACGAGCCAAGUGUGGGAUGGGGUUAUUGUCACUCAGGCGGACUACCAAGCACUUCAAGCCUUCAAACACGAACUAAUCGAUCCUAAACGGGUCUUACGGAGCUGGAAUGACAGUGGCUAUGGAGCUUGUUCAGGAGUAUGGGUAGGGAUCAAGUGUGUCAAGGGACAGGUUAUAGUGAUCCAGCUCCCAUGGAAAGGUUUGAGUGGGCGAAUCUCUCAGAAGAUAGGCCAACUCCAAGCACUUCGAAAACUUAGCCUCCACGAUAACGACAUUGGGGGCAUGAUCCCUUCUUCCCUGGGCUUCCUCCCCAAUCUCAGAGGAGUUUCUCUCUUCAACAACAGACUAUCAGGUUCAAUCCCUCCUUCACUCGGUUCCUGUCCUUUGCUUCAGACUCUUGAUGUUAGUAACAAUUCGCUCACUGGAAUAAUCCCUGCUAGUCUCGCCAACUCAACUAAUCUUUACAGACUCAACCUUAGCUUCAACUCUCUGAUAGGCCCGAUACCAGCCGCUAUCACUAGCUGCCCUUCUCUGACAUUCCUAGCUCUCCAAUAUAACAACCUCUCCGGCUCUAUUCCAGAUAAUUGGGAAGGUACCAAAGAUGACAAAUCUCAUCAGCUUCAGUCCUUGACCCUUGAUCAUAACUCUUUCUCCAAAAGCUUUCCUGUUUCUUUGACCAAGUUGGUAAGGCUAGAAGAAAUUUCUCUAAGUCAUAAUCAGAUAAAUGGAACCAUCCCCAACGAAAUCGGGAGGCUUUUGAGACUCCGAAGACUAGAUUUGUCUGACAAUGCCAUUCAAGGAAGCUUCCCUGCUAGCCUCUGCAACCUCUCUUCCCUUGUUCAAUUGAAUCUAGAGGGAAACCGUCUCGACAAUCGAAUCCCAGAAGACAUGAACAGACUAAGUAAUCUCUCCAUUCUGAACCUGAGUAGAAACCAGUUCAACGGCCAGAUACCGGUGACUGUUGGGAACAUCUCCAUCCUCACCCAACUUGAUUUAUCCCAAAAUAGACUCACAGGAGAUAUUCCAGCUUCUCUUACCAAUCUGACUAGUCUAAUUUCUUUCAACGUGUCCUACAACAACCUUUCUGGUCCUGUUCCCUCUCUCUUAUCCAGAAAAUUCAAUUCAACCUCUUUCAUUGGGAACCCUCAGCUGUGUGGAUACAGUGUUUCAAUCCCUUGUCAUACUGCUCCACCUCCAUCAGCGGAGACUGCCAAAGCCCGCCACCGCAAACUAACUACCAAAGACAUAAUUCUCAUAGCAGCUGGAGCCCUCCUGGCUGUUUUGCUGUUAUUGUGUUGUAUCUUGCUGUGCUGCUUGAUCAGGAAGAGGGCUGCUUCAAAAGCAAAGAAUGGUGAGACAGGCGGAAGGGCUGCUGCCACGGGAGGCGAGAAGGGUGCACCUGCUAUUGGAACUGAAGUUGAAUCAGGGGGUGAAGCAGGCGGGAAAUUAGUACACUUUGAUGGGCCAUUGCUGUUCACAGCUGAUGAUCUUUUGUGUGCAACAGCUGAGAUAAUGGGGAAGAGUACUUAUGGGACUGUGUAUAAGGCGACAUUGGAGGAUGGGAGUCAAGUUGCAGUAAAGAGGUUGAGGGAGAAGCUAACGAAGAGUCAAAGGGAGUUUGAAGUGGAAGUGAAUGCAGUGGGGAAGAUACGACAUCCAAAUCUUUUGGCUCUUAGAGCUUAUUACUUAGGACCCAAAGGAGAGAAGCUUCUUGUGUUUGAUUUCAUGCCCAAAGGGAGUCUAGCAUCUUUCCUCCACACUCGAGGACCAGACACACCGAUGGAUUGGCAAACAAGGAUGAACAUUGCCAUGGGCAUAACAAGAGGCUUGUGGUACCUUCACAAGAACGAGAACAUAGUGCAUGGGAACCUGACCUCAAACAACAUCCUGUUGGAUGAGAACACCAAUGCCAAGAUUGCAGACUAUGGCCUCUCUCGGCUUAUGACCACUGCUGCCAAUUCCAAUGUGAUUGCCACUGCUGGUGCACUAGGCUAUCGUGCACCUGAGCUCUCAAAGCUCAAGAAGGCCAAUACAAAGACAGAUAUCUACAGCCUAGGGGUGAUCCUACUGGAGCUCCUUACAGGGAAGUCCCCAGGUGAGGCAAUGAAUGGUGUAGACUUACCCCAGUGGGUGGCAUCCAUCGUUAAGGAGGAAUGGACUAACGAGGUCUUCGAUCUGGAGCUGAUGAGGGAUGCAUCAACAACGGGCAAUGAGUUGCUUAACACCUUAAAAUUGGCUUUGCAUUGUGUUGACCCUUCACCAGCUUCAAGGCCAGAAGUUCAGCAAGUGCUCCAACAACUGGAAGAGAUAAAACCAGAACUAGCUGCUGCUAGUACCAGCUCUGGAGAUGAUGGAGCAGGAGUCCCAUCAACAAGUGAAUAAUUGAGAACUUAGUUGUGGAUUAGGUUGGGGACGAACCAGGAAGAAUGAGAGUAGUUCUCUUUACCAAAAAAAGAAAAGAAAAAGAAAGAGCAGUUCAUGAUUCUUUUAUUCUUGAAUUUUGGGUCCAUAAGGACCCCGUGUUUGUAAAUAAGUCUCGUUCAUUUUAUUUUUUUGAAUGGAAGUAUAUUUUUCCCUUCUCA